UUUCCUUUGGGCAUCUAUGCCAUUUUCCCAACAAAUAAAGUUUCACAACCGUACAUCAAAAACAGGGCGCCAAAUGGAUCAGAGCGAGAGCGAAAUCCGAGAAGUUGAAGAUACAAGCUCGAAAUCGGAGCUGCAACCUCUUCUUGAGAGCCAGAAUCCGAAUCCGAACUCCAAAAUUGUGAGGACGAAGGUUCCGGAGGUUGAGAUUCAUCUUUAUCGCCAGGGCAAAGGUCCGAUCGAUGUGUUUAAAUCAAGCCUUGGUGGUUGGGACCAAGACCAGCUUGAGGUCCGAGAUAUUCUGGAAAAAUACGGGUUCAAAUCCGUAUUCGCCUUUAAACCUGACUCCGGUCGUGGCGUCCCGAUUCGAUUCAACCCUAGAAAUGGCAGGUCUAUACUGACUUACAGAGAUGGAGCCGAAAUUUUCAUUGACGGAGAGCCAAAGGAUUCCCUGAUCAAACCGGUAACCAGGAUCAUUUUCGGCGUGGCAGUUAUAACCAUUUUGAUCACGUUUCUGUCUCGAGACUCACAAGGGUGGAUGAAGAAAUUUAAUAUCACUGGGAACUUCCCUCCUUGGAUUCUAGCUUGUGUUGUUAUCGUUUUUACUCGCUCAAGGAAGAGAACUAGGGACUUGCUUAAAAAGUACGGUUGGUAAUCUCAUUGUCUAGUCCUUCCUCUACCUUUUUUUUUCUUUUUCUUUUUUUAAUCAAUCAUCCAAUAGAAAAUGGAAGUAGUUAAUCAAUAUGUUGAUUCUAGUUUCUGGAUUUCAAACUUCCAAAAUAGGAGACAGUAUACUGUUCUGUAUUGCUAGCGAAAAUGGAACAUUCUUGGCCCAUUGCUAUCAUAAAUUCCCUGCCUUAAAUUCGUUCUUUGAUAUGUGUAGAUAAGCAGCCUCUGUUUACGGGACUGAAAACUGGACAUGUUUGAGUUUGAGCCAUGGCUUUUACUUUUUAGGUUGAAUGAAAGAAAACUUUCAUUACUUGGGUUA